AGUACACUCAUGGAAGUACGGGUAUUGGAACACGGCACUAGUACUGAAGGGAAAUUCAAAUUUAGCUGAAGUACUUAGGCCUAUCCAAAUAACGAUUGCAAAUGUUCAACGUCCUUCGAACGACCCCGUUGAACGGGAGCAGCUGCUAGUAAUGUUUCCAUCCUAUCUGCAUACUUUAUCAUGUAAUUUGGUUGUUCUUCCUCCCCUAAAGCCAGAACGGAAAAGAAGUGAAAGGUGAUGUGAAGAGAUAAACGUCUGGGCAAGGUACACAGCAGUGGGGCCAUAAUCAUUUUUAACCAGAACGGAAAAGAAGUGAAAGGUGAUGUGAAGAGAUAAACGUCUGGGCAAGAGAACCCUAUGCUCACUCUCACGGUUAGUGAUUAAGCAGUAGGAUUUGCAGACAAGAGCAUUUGCAUUGAAUGAAGCAAAUCCAAGAAUAUCAGGUGCUGGUCCUCGAUACAGACCCUUCAUUCACAGCAGAAGGACCUGCCGACUCCAACGAACCAUGGGGUCAAGUUAUCUCAUCUGCAGUUUCAUCGUUGUUGUGGUCUUCCUGUGGAAGUCACCUGGAUUCUCAGCUGCAUCCCGCAUUAACGUGGCGUUGAGUGGCACGGCUAUUCAGUCUUCAACCUACCCGAACGAAGGGCAGGCUGACUACGCCAUUGAUGGGGACAGCGGCCCUCAGUGGAAUCACUACAGCUGCACCUCUACCAACUAUCAGGUCGAAAGAUGGUGGAGGCUGGAGCUGCCUGGUGUGUACAGGGUGUCAGAGAUCGAGGUCACCAAUAGGUUUGACAGAAGGCACUACUUCAGCGACGUGGAAAUAUUAAUCGGAAAUUCACUGGCGAACAAUGGCAACGACAAUCCAAGGUGUGCCAUCAUCAACGAUGACCCACGCUGCUUGACUCAGACUGUCAGGUGUUGGGGAAUGGAAGGACGGUUUAUCAACUUCUACAGGUCUUCUGAUGUAACAGUUCCUUUGCAGUUGUGUGAGGUCAAAGUGUACGGAGAGCCUGCUGCACCCUCCAUGAGCAUUCAGGAGACUGGGAGGAACAUCACUCUGGUGGGGACGCGGCUGUGCUGGUCAGACGCCCUGCUCUACUGCAGAGACUCUCACUUGGACCUGCUGAGCCUCAGGGGCCCAGAAGACCAGGAGAUGGUUGAUGAGCUGGUGGCUCUUGCCCCCUUCCCACUAACCAGCCACCUCUGGGUGGGCCUGCGCAGGUCCCUUUCAGGAAGUUCCUGGUUUUGGAUGUCCGGUGACCCGAUGGACUUCACCCAAUGGGACGAUGGCUCACACCAUUCCAGCCCCUGUGGGGGCGUGUCCAGUGUGGAACCUUCCACAUGGAGGCAACGCUCUUGUGAAGAACAUCUGAACUUCAUCUGUUUCACAGGUCAGACAGAAGGAGUGAACAAGUUGCGCUUCUACAGUUCCACAAGAGAGAAUCAAACUCGCUGCACCUAACACGGCCUCACUGGGGAACAUAGCUGCUGAUUCUGACAACGUUCUUAGUAGUAAAGCUUCUGAAUGCUGUAGCUAAGAGUGUCUGUGGUAGCUGGCUUGUUCUGCAUUUUGUCAUUAUGGUCAUUGUGACAGGCCACAUUUUUGAUAGCAUAGCAUAUAGGAUACAUUUACUUCAAUAUAUAAUCAAUGAACUGAUUUAUGAACGGAUGUAGUUGUCUCAUGCAUCUAUCCUUUUAUUCAAAAUGUGGAGAUUGUGACUUGAAGAUGGUAUCAAAAGACUAGAUAAAAUAUCUGUUGGCUUGUAUCUGUGUCUGGCUUAACUGUUUACAAACUGUAGGGUUUUCCCUUCAACUUUGAUUAAUAAGGUUGUAUUGAGGGAAUUGAAGAGUUAUAUUUAUUUAUCGAUUCGGAUGUUCAAAUAAGUUCAAACACAGAACUGUGUGAAGUGUAACGCAUGUUUUUUUAUAUUUAUAUUUAUUAAUGCUGUCAGUUAAACGCGUUAUUAACGGCAUUAACGCAAACCAAUUUUAA